AUGGAGACUGUCAACAAAUACGUCACCGCUGCUUCAACCGUCAUUUGGGGCGAGAACGACUCCCCUAAGGCCCAGCAGCACGGCGAAGAGCCCAUGUCCGGUGUGCAAGGCCAAGGACGUGCCACAGAUCCCUAUGAUGGUGGCAACCGCGAUGAGCAACCCGGCGCAAUCAAAUCAGACGUCAGCACUGCACCCCUGAACCCCAUCCUAGACAAUAAACAAUCAAAGCCCCGGGAAACCGAGGUUACUAGCAUCACCACUCCCCACGCACCUACAUCCAUCACUGCCUGCACCAGCGUCACUCCCGCUCUGUCCAUGUCUGGCGAGCCUACAGAAACCAGCGAACGCAAAGAAAACAAGCCCAUCUCUAGCGGCUUAGCGGAAACCAGCGGAAGCAACACCAAGCAGGAGCAACGCAGCACCUCGCAGGGCGAAGAUGGCGAGAGCAGCGAAGCUGCCCGCCCAGCGCGUCCUCAGGACGUGAGCAAAGAGGCGCUCGAAGGCCCCCAGGGUCCUGCGCCGAGGUCUGCUUCGUCCUUUGAGAAUGAAUCUAAGGGAAAGAAAUCUGUGGCUAAGGAUGAUGAUAUUAAAAAGAGUUCUUCAAGUGAAUCCAAGAACAGCGAGAAGAGCAGAGAGUCACCUUUAAGCAGCAACAAGUCUGAGCAUUCUUCUCAUGGCAGCGAGAAGGCUGAAAAGCAGGGUACUAUCUCGAAGGUGAAGGAGAGCGUCAAGAAGCACCUUCAUCAUUAG